AGCACUUCAUUUGACAUUUCAACAAAGUUAUUUCACCACACGACGAAUUUUGCAUUUUAUUUCAUGCAAGCGAAUUACUCCGUCUGUUUCCUUUUCAGUUUCCAUAACCAAAAGUAUUAUUAACGAAAGAAUGCCGGCCAAAAGAAGAACUGCAAAAUCCAUAGCAUCGAGUGGCAAUUCAGAUGAUCCAGAUGCCAGCGAUGAGUAUCGUCAAAAGAGAAUGCGAAAUAAUGAGGCAGUGAAAAAGUCACGAGAAAAAACUAACAAAACAGCCACCGAGCGAAAGCAACGAGUGGAAGCAUUGAAAACAGAAAAUAUUCGUCUCGAAACACAAAUCAAAGAAACCGAGAAAAAUAUCGAGACACUCAAAAGUUUACUCCUAUCGAAUGCUAAAAAUAGUUUGGAAAAAGAUAAGCUGGUUAAGGAGAUCCUUGCUGAAACUAGUGAUAGUGAAUAAGAAGGAUGUUAAUUGUUUAGAAUAAGUUUAGAAUAGUUUUGAAUGUAUUUAAAUGUUAUUUUUAUUAGAAUAAGAAAGUAUCGUUAAAAUAAAAAUAUAGUUUGUAUAUAAUUUAAA